AUGGUAUGGAACCCACUUACUGGAUUCAGCAAAAGAAUAUCCUAUUCUCAUAUUGUUCCUUGCCGUAAGUACCGUGACUACUUUAGGCUUACCUACAGUGCGCGUCUGCAUGGAUUUGGUUAUGAUGCAUCACAGGAUGAUUACUUACUUCUUGUAGCUUGGAGCGAUUGCGGAGGACGAUAUCAUUUGGAUUGCUUUUCCUUGAGAACCAAUUCAUGGAUUAAUCUUGAUGUUGCACUUCCCAAACCCUUGGGUGUUUUUGACAGUUUUUCUUGUGGGUUGUUCUUGAACGGUGCUAUUCAUUGGCUGCCUUUCUCUCUUACAGCUGACAGGGAUGCUAUUCUUAUAUUUGAUGUGAAGGAGAGGACUUUCUCAAGGAUAUCUGGGCCGAAACAACCUGUAAUGAGUGCAUGCUCCUAUCCAAGACUCGCCCUACUAGGAGGCUGCCUAGCCUUGUAUUAUAGCAAUAAAGAUAACUGUAACACUAACAUAUGGGUGAUGAAAGAAUAUAAAGUGCACUCAUCUUGGACUCUCUAUCAAAUUCCUUACAAAUUCUUUCGGCCAUUGUGCUUAUCUAGUAAUGGUGAUAUUAUUGGAAGAGGUUAUACUUCGGAUUAUAAAGUAGGGUACUUCAUUUAUAAUGUCAGAGAAGACCUGCUCAAGCAUUUUAAAAAUCUUCGUUGUCCACUUCCCAUCCAUCAAGCCGAUACUAUGUAUACAGAGAGUCUCUUGCCACUCCUGAGUGACAUUAAGGAUAAGGAUAACAAGAAGAAGGAGGAAAACUGUAUGUAA